UGCUCCGAGCGUUAGGCAAGUCAAACGAGUGGGAUUUUGAACUAGUGAGACGGGGGACAUAUCGAAUGGAAACCAUUGGAAGCUAUCCAGAUUCCAAAUGACUCGCCACAUCAGACAGGCGAGUCUAUAACAUACGAAGAUGAGUUUAAAUUCGAUUUAUUAUUCAAAGUUUUAUUCUGCUCUUGUUCGUCUGGUAAGGGCUGAAGUUGAAUAGGCUGGAGAUCUUCUAGCCUUCAGCUCUCUUUCUAGUCCAGUGUUUUGAUGUGUUAUGUGAUAAAUUGAUUGCUGGAUUUGUCAACACCACCUGAGUUCGUUUGUUUGAAUUGCCAGUCUCAUUUACAAAUCGUUUGGGAAAGGAUAUAGAUUUACUCACUGGAAGAGAAGAGAAAGGACGCGCAGUGUGGAUCAAACCGUGCAAUGACAAAUCCACCGACCAGCGAGCAUCAACACGUCCUUCUGAUGGAGCUACUGUUCUAAAACCGGGGGGAAAAGACUCUUCUAUUUUUAAACACAGCAUUUGCGCUCAUGUCUGGAAUCUUUUGAAACUACAAUUUAUUUAUCGGAGUAAAAACUCAAAAGAAAAUAAGAGGUAGAAAGGAAUGGGAGAGAAACCGAAGAGAAUCGGCGCAGAGAACAAGGGGACAUUGUUUGGAAAACACAAUUAUAGGAAACACCAACACGCAACAGAAAAUAGCUCUCCUCGAGCGCCUAUCAAAUUCGGAUAGAAAUCGAUUCAACGGGAGUUAUUUUUUUGUGGAAGAAGGGGAGUGGUGCUCAAGCCAUUGAACACAGCUAGAGCAACUUUCUCUGCCGUAGUUGUCAAUUACUACAUUGUGUGCUUUAUUAUUCGUAUUAUAUCCAUGCGGUUGCCCAAGGCACGAUAUUUCCUCCUCACGCAUUGAGUGACUCACCUAUAGCUUACACGGCCAUAGCCUUUGUUUGGACAGCACCCCAUCUACAUCCUCAUAGAAAAUAUACCAUUUAUUUUUAAAUGGGGUUAAAUCACAGGGGUUGUGGAGUUGCAAUGGCGUGUCGGAGAAGUGGGAGUAAACUGGGAUUUGUGCUGAUAUUCUUACUGGAUUUACUGGGAACGGCGGUGAGCAACAUGGAGCCUAUCUACUGGAAUUCAUUGAACAAAAGGUUUUUGGAUGAUAAGGGCUACGUCCUCUACCCUCAGAUUGGGGAUCGUCUGGAUCUCAUCUGUCCGUCGUCGGACCCCCCCAGCCAGCGGGCCCCCGCCGAGUACGAGUUCUACAAGCUGUACCUGGUGUCGUCACGUGAGCAGGCGGACAGGUGUGAGGUGACGGGCGCGCCCAACCUGCUGCUCACCUGUGACAAGCCCAACAAUGACAUGAGGUUCACCAUCAAGUUCCAGGAGUACUCUCCUAACCUGUGGGGACACGAGUUCAAGACCAACGCUGACUACUACAUCAUCGCCACAUCAGAUGGGACGCGCCAGGGCCUGGAGAGUAUGAGGGGAGGAGUGUGUGCCACGCAGGGCAUGAAGGUGAUCCUCAAAGUGGGACAGAACCCAUAUGGACUGCCCCCGAAACCUGCCAAACCAGACCAAAGUGCGGGCCGUACCAACACCAGAAAUGCAGGUGGUUCUGGUAACGCCACCCAUCCCAGAGUUCCUAGCGAUGGCGCCGGGGAUUCGGGAGGCGCGGGGGGCGAGAACGGACCCCUCCCCCCCUCCAACGUGGCCGUCAUCGCCGGCGCUGCAGGGGGCUCCGCCUUCCUCCUCCUGGUCACCGCGGUGAUCUGCGUGGUGUGUUACCGGCGGCGACAUGCCAAGCACUCGGAGUCCCACCACCCGCCCCUGUCACUCUCCUCCCUCACCAGCCCCAAGAGGCAUGGCGGCGGGCACGGCGGCGGCCAUGGGGGCGGUAACAACAACGGCUCGGAACCCAGUGACAUCAUCAUCCCGCUGCGGGCUUCGGACUCGGCGUACUGCCCUCACUACGAGAAGGUGAGCGGGGACUACGGUCACCCCGUCUACAUCGUCCAGGAGAUGCCCCCCCAGAGUCCAGCAAACAUCUACUACAAAGUAUGAGGGCAGUUGCCAUGACAACCUACAGUACUACCAACGACCAUCUUACCCUGUCCUGUACAGUACAGUACCACCUACAGCCCACCUAUAGUACAGUACCAUGUAAAACCUACCUACAGUAAUCCAUCACUGACCUACCCUCCAAAACCACCAAGACCUUCAGUCCCUUAUACAGUAUCUGAACUUCCCUAUCCAACCGCAGUCCAGCCACAGGUGUGUGCAUCUAGCUAACUGAAGAGGCCAUCCGUACGCCCACCACUCUUCACUCGACUGUGUCACUAAGCUAAGUACGGAGGGUUUAGUAUAUAGUCCCCACCGGCCCCUUAAAAGAGGACAGGACUGGCAAGAGACUCUGGGGCCCACUUUUCUUUUUUUUGUCUCACCAUGAAUCACCCCCCCCCCACCCACCAGAGCUGAAGAGAAGAGUCCCCUCCCUGUACACCAUGAGGAUAAGUGUGUGAGAACAUGCACACCAGGCUAGUGUGAGAGAACACACACUAGUACCGCCACCACUUGGACUUCUGGGACUUUGACCCCUAGAAAACCCACUGACCAACCACAUCCUGAGAUCUCUGUAUUUCUCUAAUGCUCCUGUCCUGUAUCAGACCUAUCUGCCUCCUGAUUGGACCCUGAGGCUAACUGUGGCCCUUGAUGUUAUAACUCACAAAUAGGAUCUUAGUUUGUUUGUGUGUGUAUGGUUUCUCAUUGGACCAGGGGCCUCUGACUCUCUCACCCAAUCAGAAAGCUGAGCUGGGGUCACGUGAUCAACCAGUCAGACCAAUCGAGUCUUAGUGACAUUCAGAAUCUUGUAUAUUUUAAUAACGUGUGUGUGUGUGUGUGCGUGCGUGUGUGGGAGACUAGGACAAUAAUUCUGACACUGCUGUUGCACAGAAGUGUGUGUGCAGUUAGUGUGCUUUAGUACAGUGUGUGUGUGUGUGUUAAUCUGUGUAUACGCUACAUGCGAGUGAAUGUGUGUGUUCGCGUGUCUUUAGACUUGUCUUUAAAACCAAAACACAAAAAAGUGAGUGAAUAUAAAAGGUGAGUUUUUUUUUUUUUAUCGCUAGCAACACUUACAGAUUAUAUAUGAAUAUCCAGUCAAUCAUUUCUAGGCGUCUUGUUUUUUUUAAUACGUUUUUUAUUUGGAUUCCUCCACUUGUAAAACAACACUUCUGUUAUACUGCUCGAUCUUUUUUAUCCUGUGCUUUCUUGUUUGCUAUUUAGAAACCUGACCCUGUUUCCUUCCCCUUUGAGUUGUAAAUGAAUUUAAUCUCUUUGUUUUUCUUUCCUUGGCGAACUGAGGUCGUUUCUCUCUCCCUCUCUCUCUCUCUCUCUCUCAUCGCCUCCCUCCCCCCUCUGGGCCUCCCCCUAUGUAUAUUUUUAUACUUCUUGUACUAUGCUGUAGUUUUGAAGUUUAGACCUCGUUUGUGGAAGUUGUUGAGGUAGAAACCAUCUAUGAAAGUUUUUUUCAAACGCUUUUGAGCACAAGGAAAAGCAAGGGGGGAAAUGAACGAGGGCGGGUUCCAAAUGAAAUGAAAUAGAAUGAAAAGAAAGAGCGGGAACCGGAGUCGCUGUCUAGGGGGAAAAGAGAAAGAGCGACUGGAUGUGGUACUUUUGUGUUUUUUUUUUUUUAAUAGAGAGAAAAGACUGAAGAAGGAAUUGCACACUAAAGAAAAGAAAGAGCGCGAGAAGAGAUGGAAGAAGUCGGGGGGAUGGGAGGUGAAUUGAGCGAUGAGAGAGAGAAGAAUCCCUGGGAAGGAUAGAGAGAGUGAAACAUUGACUGUGGCGGAAGAGAGGAGCCUUUCCUUUCAUGGAGUGCUGAGAAGGAGUGAUGGACCCUGGGAGGACGGAGGAAAGGAACAGACACACAGCUGAAAUGGAUUUCAGGGGAGGACCUCACCGUGGAAUAAGGAGGAGAGAUUUCAUCUAAAACACACACACACACACACACACACACACACACACACACACACACACACACACACACACACACACACACACACACACACACACACACACACAGACACACACACACA